AUGUCCAAUCUAAGAUUUAUAAAAUUCUAUUCGCUCAAGGAUAGGAGAUCUUGCAAGGUGGAUCUGUCUUCUGGCCUUGAAUUAUUAUCUGAACGAUUAAGGUACCUUCAAUGGGACGGUUAUCCUUUGGAGUCUCUGCCAUCCUCAUUUUGUCCAGAGAGACUUGUUGUACUUCGCAUGCAAAACAGCCAAGUUAAAAAACUUUGGGAUGGAGUGCAGGAUUUUGUGAACUUGACGAGAAUAAAUCUGGCUGGAUGCAAACAAUUGAUAGAGCUACCUGAUUUUUCGAAGGCACAGAAUCUUAAAUCGGUGGAUCUUGAAUCAUGCGAAAGUUUGUGUCAUGUUCACCCAUCUAUCUUAUCCUUACAAAGACUCGUUACUUUGAAUCUCAAUAAAUGCAUUAAACUGAAGAAACUUCGUGGUGAGAAUCGUCUACAGUCUCUCAAAGAGAUUUAUCUCAAUUGGUGCUUUAGUUUGACAGAAUUUUCACUGUCAUCAGAAGAAAUCGCGAGUUUAGGACUAGAAACCACUCGCAUUGAGAUGUUGGACUCAUCAAUUGCGCAUUUCAGUAAGCUUAAACAGUUCAGUGUUAAUGGUUCAAGACUGAAGAGCCUUCCAAUAAAUGAGUUAUGCUGUUUAAGAUCUCUAGAGGAGCUACGGCUUUCUAAUUGUGAGCAAGUAAUUGACAAACUGAAGCUGCAUAUUCUGUUUGAUGCCUUGCGUUCUUUACAAGAACUACAUUUGGAUGGGUGUCGGAACUUAACUGAACUUCCUAACAAUAUCAAGCAUCUUUCAGGGCUAAAAGUUCUUUCUUUGAAGAAUUGUGAUAGACUACAAUCUCUACCAGAGCUUCCACCAUCCAUCGAAGAAUUAGAUGCCACCAACUGCCCAUCCUUAAGGACAAUAACUCUCACUUCUCAGAUGGAAUGUUCUUUGUCGCCAGAAGAAGGAAUGAUGGCUUUAACACCCUAUCCCUCAAUUGGGUAUCUUAUGAAACUUAGAAAGCUUCGCCUUAAUGUCUCAAAUCUGACGAACUUUUCAAUUGAGCAGCUGCGUUAUUUGAGAUCUCUUAAGGAGCUCACUCUUCUUGAUUGUGGACCAGUGAUUGGUAAGUCAAACCUGCUCAAGUUAUUUGAUGCCUUGUGCUCUUUCGUAGACCUUUAUUUGGAAGGAUGUAGUAACUUGCAUGAGCUUCCUGACAACAUGAGCUCCUUAUCAUCGUUAUAUUUACUGGGAUUAGUACGAAGCAAUGUAGAGUACUUGCCUUCCAGCAUCAAGCAUCUCCUGAAGCUAGACUACAUUUACUUGACCAAUUGCAAGAGGCUUCGAUGUCUACCAGAACUUCCACCAUUCACUAGAUACGUGAAGGCCACUAAUUGCUUAUCGUUGGAGGUUGCGUUCCCUUUAACAACUUUAUGGAAGACUGCUUAUUUAUCGUUGAAGCGAGCGGCGUAUCUCAAUCGAACUGGUGCUUUUUGUUACCCAGGGAGAAAAAUUCCAGAGUGGGUUAGAUAUAACCAGACAACUAAGGCUUCAAGUUUCAUAACCAUUGAACUCUCUUCAUCUGUGAACAACUUGUUGGGCUUUGUUUUCUGCUCUGUUCUUCCUCAGUUCACGUCAAAGCCAAAUUGUCAGAGUUACCUGAAAUGCCAAAUAUACUUUGAAGACGGUGAAGAAGUCAGAGGCAAGGGUGACGAUAUGCCGAUAACAGACUUAAAUUCGCAUCAUGUUUUUCUAUGGUAUGAUCCACUCUACUCUGUAUGCAUUUUAAGGGAACUUAUGGAAAGAGAGGAUCAAGGCAUUAAAGGUAACUCGAAGCUUUCAUUUGAGUUUUCUGUUGUCUCUUAUGACGAGAACUACUGUACAACCAAACAUGAUCUGAUAGAAGCAUGUGGGGUUUGCCCAAUAUAUGCUUCAGAAUAUCACAAUUUCCUUCAACAAAUGGAAUUCGGGUUGGAUUUGGGUAGUCAAAAGAAGAGUGGUUGUGAUAACGAUGAGCAUUCACUUUGUGGAAUUAUGGAAUAUGCUAGUUGCUCAUUGAAGCGAGUAUACGGCAAUUUUGAAAGUGUACAUGUUUCUUCCCCUGAAAUGCCAAAUACUCCGGCGGGUUUUCUAGACAAAACCACGGAUACUCACUCAGUUUCUUUUCAACUUCCAGAUUUUGAUGACUUGAUGGGUUUCAUUUUUUGUUUUGUUAUUCCUCAAUUCUCCCCAAAAGAAAAGGAUCGAAGUCACUCAAGCUGUCGGUGCCGCUGGUUACAUGAGUUUGAUGUCGAUAAAAGGAUCUCUAAUGGGGAAUCCACCCAAUAUAUGCCUCGAAAUAUAACAAUUUCCUUCAACAAAGGAAUUGAAGUUGGAGCUAGGCAUGAAGAGACCUCGGAUACUUGUGAUGAGGAAGAACUACUUACUCUAACAAAGAAACUGAAGGCAUCUUCUGUUCAAUCUACCAACAUUGACGAGUUACUACUCUCACUAUCUGAAUUGAAUUUGGAAUUUGCGAAGGAUGGCAAUCUACAAAAAUAA